CAGUGACAUAGUUUUUAGACAGAUAAAGCAGUAUAAAUGUGGUAGUGCUAAAAAGUUUAAAAUCAAACGGUUCGACGCCACCGUCUUAUCGAGGGUUACGUUGAAUAGGUUGUCGAUGUGUCAGUGAGGCUUCCGGCGAAGAAGGACACGGACCACCACCUCGGAUAUCGUAAGUUUCUGGAUCUCUACCCCUACCGAUUGAGUGGCGAACCCUACAUACAGAAAAUGCUAGGACCGUUCUGUCAGAAGCAUUUUACGUUAAAACAAUUUUAUCCAGUACACGAUGAUCCCCACACGUUUAUUUAUUCACAGUGGCAGCGCGACAAAUCAAAGCCAAACCUGCUCUAUCUGACAUAUCGCACCAUAAUGGCCCUACUAUUUCUAGUAACCUGGUUGAUAACUAUCUUUAGAGAAAGUGAAGGUGGAAUAUGGCCUAUAUUCCUCACAAACUGGGGCUACACGGUCUGUACCACGCAGGCUGUGAUGGCAUUUGGUAUACUAGCAACUUACGUUCUGGCCCCCCGUUUCAAAAAGUUGCCUAAUUUGAGAGAAAAUACACUGAAAGCGUACCCUGUGUACUGGGUUCUGUAUACCAUAGCGACUCCGUUGGCUUUUGGCAUCACCUUCAUGUACUGGGUCGUUAUAUAUGAUGCCAAAAAAAUGACAUUUGAUGCUAUGAACUACUUUGUCCAUGGAAACAAUUCCAUAAUGAUGAUGAUCGACUUGUGGAUAGUAUCGCAGCCUACUAGAAUUUUACAUUUCGUGUACCCCGCAGUUUUAGGGAUAAUGUACACCAUAUUCAGUAUUAUUUAUUAUGUCGAAGGAGGAACUACAAAGGAUGGGUCAAAAUGCAUAUACAAGAUCCUGGACUGGGAGAAGCCCAUGCCGACAGCGCUAACCUGUCUGGGAGUUACAGUGUUUCUUAUACUGUUACACCUUGUAGUGUUCCUCAUAUACAAAGUGCGGAUCACCCUGUAUGAGAGAUGUUUUUCGUCGAAGCAGGACACGCCAUCGGGUUUGACCGAAACUAAGAGACAAGCCGCAUAUGUGAAUGAAGGAAUGUCGCAUGACGUCGUAUGAUCCUAAAUCAUACCCAGAUUACGACCUCCCACUCGUCUUAAAGGCUUGGUUUCACACACAAAAAUUUAAUUCAGUUGAUAAGAAAAAAACGAUUGUGUGUUAAGUUUGUGUAAAAAAUAUUUUUUUACUUGGGAAAACAUAUAUACAGGGUGUCCAUGAAAUAUAUAACAUUUUUUUUAGACGGAUAUAAUGAUUGGCAGUUUUGUACUUUUUAAAGGUGAUGUUUAAUAUUAUUUAUUACCAUUGAGUAUUAUUAUUAGUAUACAGUGAACACAAAAUAUUGUUCAUUUACUUACUGACAUUUUAUCUAUGUCUUGGUAUACCAGAAAUGGCAUUUCACAUCCUGCUCGUUGUUUGUCAGAGUACACAAAUAAAUAUUCUUUACUUUCACAUUUACCUAAUCCAAAUGUGAUAGUAAAUUUUUUAUUAUCCACAUAUUAUAAUGUGAAUUUUACUUUUCAUGUGGUUGUUCACUUCCAGCAAUGAUUUUGCAUAUGCCCUGUAAUUAUUGCCCGCUAUACACUGUCGAAAAUAAUAAGAUUUUUGUAUUUUUCGUUUUUUUUUUACUGUGAAGCACUCCGAAAUUUUUUACUUUACCACUAAACAUAGGAUUUUUUGAACGUCAGGUAGCUGACAGCAUCAAACCCCUUUGUAAACUAAAUAAAUCUUUUUGGACUGAUUCUAAAGAACGUAAAUUGGCACUGUAAAAUUAUCAACAUUAGCUGUGUUUGGUGUCAGGUUUAAUAAGAAACUUGCAAAAGUUUAGAUUUCUGUUAAUGGUAUAAGGUGUUUGGCAUUUUGAUUUUCACAGUAUUUGAAUCAAAUGAAUUUAAUUCCACAUUUUAAGAAAAGUUUUAUUGAUGAACUUUUAGUUUAGUCUCUGAACCAAACGCAGCUAGUGACCUAUAUUAGAAAGUUGUUAUGGGGCCUGAAAGCUCUACAAGUGAACAAAUAUAUUAAAUGCAUACUGUUAAUGUAAUAAAAAAAACUGGUUGGUUAUAUGCAAAAGAAUUUAUGACGUCCGAUUUUAAUAUGUCACCAAAACUUCCUAUGCUUAGAUAUUGCGAGUGUACUGUACUGAUAUUUGUUCCUGAAGUUGUUAUAUAA